GCUCGGAAUGGACACCGCGGGCCGCGCUCCGGGGGCAGCCAAGCCUGGCCGUCGUCGGAGAUGGCCUAGACUCUUGGCUGGCAGCCUACAGAUGCCAGGGAUCAGACUUGACGCGUCUGUGGGAGCUCUCUAACGGACUCUGCACCUUGGUCUGGAGGGGGCGCUCGUCGGCCUAGCUCAGGGCCAAGGCUCUGCAGAGAUGCCCAAGGGGUCAAGGACCCGGCCAGGGCUGGAAUUAGCCAACGGUUUUGGGAAAGUAAACCCUGAGACAGAUCCCCAAGGACAAAGAUGGGCUGCCUAAAGGACUCCUUCAAAGCUGCUCGAGCUGGUCCAACCCUCCAAGCUCUGGGCCGGCGGGGCCAACAAACUUUAGUGCAGCGGAGAGGCGGAGAUGGGUUGGAGGCUGGUCCCGAGAGCCACCUGCUCCGGCUCUGCCUCCGCCCAGCCCUCGCCCACCCUACUUCCCCCUCUCGCCCCCCUCCCCCGCCAUCAGACUCCUCAUCGCUCCUCUCCCUCCUUCUUCUCCCCCCUUCCCUGACUCCCUCACUUUCCUCCGGGGCUCUUCUUUUGUAUUCUCUCCUCCCUCGCCUCCCCGGCUUGUCUCUCGCCUCCUUGGGGCCGCAGGGGAGGAGGCGAGCACGCUGCACCCUGAGCCCGCGCGGCUCGCAGGGAGGCGCAUCUCCCACUUCUCCCGGGGAAUUUGGAGAGGGUCUGUGUGCGCGCGCGCGUGAGCUGGAGGCGAAAGCUGGUAGGAUCUAGCGGUGAGCAGAGGGUCAGGGUCUUUGACGUUCCUCGCCCGCCGCACAAACCUCACAGAGCUAGAAAGAGUGUGCCUGAGAGUGCGAGCGGAUACACGGGCUGGCUGCCCUUGGCUCGCUCGGUGGCCCGGGGCCCCGGGGCCCGAGGUCCCCUCUGGCGGCCCGGGAUUACCGUGACGUCACAUUGAGCCUCUGGCCACCUUGGACUGGGACACCUCGGGAACCUCACAGCCCCACGCUGUGCCGCACCUCAACUCGCCACCGCGCGCCUUUGGCACCCUGCGCCUUCUUCCUAACUCUGCCGAUCCAUGGGCCCUCUGCCUUCUGGACCCCACAGGCCGCAGGGGUUCAUUCCCAAUCGCCGUACUCGGCAGCUCAGCUGCCUCUGGCUCUGCCUCCAGUCCCUCCCAGCGGGCCAAGGAACUGGCGCCGAGCACCUGCAGCCCUGUAAGGAAACCAGACGCCACGCAGCUGGGGUCAUCGAAUCGCCCAGCUGAGCGAGGGACUCCAAAAGAAAGGAGAGUCCGGGAAAGCCAGCUGCUAUGGCCUUCCCGCCCUUUGGACACCCGUAUAGCAGUGCAUCCCAGUUUCUGGUGUCUGCAGGGUCCAGUGCCACUUGCUGUGAAACAGCCCCUCGGUCAGUGUCAGAUGUGGCCUCAGCCUCCACCUCUGCCUCUACUCUUUGCUGCACACCCUACGACAGUCGACUGCUGGGCAGUGCUCGGCCAGAACUGGGUGCCGCCUUGGGCAUCUAUGGAGCACCCUAUGCAGCUGCUCAGAGCUACCCUGGGUACCUGACCUAUGGCCCAGAGCCACCCACACUGUGUGGUACACUGAAUCCUCAGUAUGAGUUUAAGGAUGCUGCAGGAAGCUUUACCCCCAGCCUCACCCAGCCAGGGGCCUAUUACCCCUAUGAGCCAACUCUGGGGCAGUAUCAAUAUGACAGGUAUGGCGGGGUGGAGCUGAGCAGCGCUGGCCGGAGGAAGAAUGCUACCCGGGAGAGCACCAGUGCGCUCAAGGCCUGGCUCCACGAGCACCGCAAGAAUCCGUACCCCACCAAGGGCGAGAAGAUCAUGCUGGCCAUCAUCACCAAGAUGACCCUCACCCAGGUGUCCACCUGGUUCGCCAACGCUCGCCGGCGCCUCAAGAAGGAGAACAAAAUGACAUGGGCUCCCAAGAACAAAGGUGGGGAGGAGAGGAAAGCAGAAGGUGGAGGAGAAGAUUCUCUGGGCUGCCUGAAGGGUGACACCAAAGAUGUUACUGCUAGCCGGGAGGCCCAGGGGCUGCGGCUGAGUGACCUGGAAGACCUGGAGGAAGAAGAGGAAGAAGAAGAAGCAGACGACGAGGAGGCGGCAGUCUCAACAGCCCGCAGGCUGGAAGAUUUUCACAAGAGCUCACAGUCCUUGCCUCCGCCGUGCGCCGCCGCUCAAGAGAGCGGGAUGGAGAGCAGAGAGUGCGGUCUGGCGGUACCCUGCUUCUCCUUUACUGAGGCCCCGCGAUCAGGAGAAGCUGACUUUCUUACCGCAGAGUCAAGCAGCCCCAGGAUGAUCGUGCACUACCCAAGCGGCCAGAAACCCCGCAUUUGGUCGUUGGCUCACACGGCGGCAGCCAGCGCUGUUGAAGGCGCUCCCUCAGCUCCACCCAGGGCCAGAAGUCCAGAGUGCCGCAUGAUUCCCAGACAGCCCAGCUCCAUCCGGCGACUCCUGGUCCCUAGGGACUCCGGAGGCGAAGAGGAUUCUUGUGCAGCCAAAGCUUUUGGAAACUCCACGUUCACCCUGCAGGGGCUGCCACUGAACUGUGCGCCGUGCCCAAGGCGGAGGGAGCCUGAAGUGCGGUUCCAAUACCCUUCUGGAGCAGAAGCAGGUUAGUGCAGUGGCUGCGGUUUGCAGAAGAAUUUUGGAACUGGCUGCUUCUGGAUUCACCUUCACAUUAAGAAGCUUCCAGGCCCUGGCAGGAAGUGGGAGCUCUCACUUCGCCUAAGACAAACACACAGAACUAUCCUAGCAGCUACCCUUGCACAGAGGGCUGGGGCUGGCCAGGGAGACGUGCACCUAAUCAGACGUGGAGGGAAGAGGGCAGUACAGCUCGGGAGAAAGCACUGUGUGUGAGCAGUGUACCUUUACCAAGUCUCUCUCCCUCCUCUGGACGGAAGGCAGGAACAGCAUCUCCUGCUCACCCACUCCUGCCCAGCCCGCUCACUUUGUAACUUCCUUGCUGAACGGUUUCUAAGGACUGUCUGUGUCUCCUUCCCCUUCCGAUUCCCAGGCUAUACCUUAAAAAUAACCAGCUGAACCCACGGUGUGCAGCCUAUCAAUGCCAGGGACCCUGGGAGAGGUCUGGUGGAGCUGGAGUGGGGUCGCAAUUGUCUUGAAGGCUUCUGGGGGCAGGGUUGGGGGCUGCCAACGUAAGUUCUGUCAAUAGCAUAGAGAUAAACUGAGGAAGCCACCCACAACGCCCAGGACACAGUGACACACCCCCCACACCCAAACUGUACAAGCCAGCAGCUGAAGAGUAGAGACAUCAGAAUAUUUGCUGAGGAGCAACUUUUGUUCCCUUGUGGUCCUGGGAUUGUAAACUUACUGUGCUGACAUCCAUGAAGAGAAACUUGACGGUCCUUUGGCCCACUGCUUCUCUAGAAAGCAACAAUGAAAUGGGGCUGUUUUGGGGAGUUUAGAGAGACCACAGAGUG